AUGAGCUUUAGACAUCCUCUGAGACUAUUAGCUUUGCUCCUGCUGCAACAAACCACAGCAUUUUUGCUUCGUCCAUUACCAUCCGAGCGUUGGAUACCAUCAUCUAAUGGUUUGAGCAACCGUGAGAAAGCCAAGCAACCCGAGCCUCAUCUCCGACCAUGUCUCCGCGCUCGCCUACUAGACGAUGAAGGACAAGAAAAGGGAGAUUCCAGUGAUGAAGAGAACAGAAAUUCCAUCAAGACAACUGAAGAAAAAAGUUUCAUCAGAGAAGCACUUUCCGGAAACGUGCUCUUUAAAAACCUACCAGAUCCUUCUCUUUCGGCAUUCAUUGAUGCCUGUGAAGAUUUUCAGGUGACAAAAGACCAAGUGAUUGUCUACCAAGGUGACUCUUGCUACAAUGAUUACGUCUAUCUGGUGGCAGACGGGGAAUGCAUUGUCACGGUGGACGGUGUCAUGGUCCCCGAGCCGUAUGGAGUGGUUGGACCGAAAUCAUUUUUUGGUGACCUUGGGGUGCUCUACAACGAAACACGAAGUGCCACCGUCACGGCACAGUCCGAGACCGUGUCGCUAUGGCGGGUCCCUGCAGCAACCUACUUGACGAUCCUUAACAAACCAGCUCAAUCACUCGCCACAAUGGAAGAGAUUGAUGCUGUUAUCAAUCAAGUGAGUGGGACGCAGGCUUUGUAUGGUGGAGAAAUCAUCCCUCCUUACAAACCAGAACGGCUCUGGUUAUGGAGUCAGUUCCAGGGGACCAUUCUCAAUAUCAGUCUCAGGACGACACUUCUCAAUAUGCUGCUCUGUGUGGUCUUUGUUAUCUAUGCCGAACAAGUUACUGGGGAAUCCACGGUUCCCUUGAUAGGGAAGUUUUUCGACAAUUUGCAAACUCAUGUGAUUGUCCCCGACAAGAAUCUUCCCUUUGUCCAACGCCUCGCUUUGAUCAAAGAGAUUUGGAGCUAUCAACGGAACCUUACGACGUUUGUCCUUACGUUUUUCCUGAACCAAGCCUAUCAAUUCUGGAUGGAUACUUACUUGCUGGCACGUCAAAUUCAGGGCCGCUUGAAUGACUUUCAACUCGUUCUGGCCACCAACAUUGAAAUAGACCGCAACGACGAUGGCACACCGUGCGCCGAGGCUGUGCAACUCAUGGACGAUAUUGGACAGUACGCUCGAUUGUACCACAUCUUGAUGUGGGCCGGUGUCGCCGAUCGAUUCGCCAUGUUGAACACUCCGGAAGGUUUGGAACGGUUGGAAAGCCGCGGGUUAAUGACUCCGGAGCAACUCAAAGUACUGCAGAGUUUGGACUUGCCCAAAGAUCAGCUGCACAAUGCUCCACUGGAAUGGAUGUUGAUUCGCGUCAACCGAGCCAUCGCAGCUGGGGUGGUACAAGAUAAUAAUGCUAUUCGGACGCAGUUCAUUAGCCAAGCGUCGAGGCUGCGUGGGUCCCAUGGUGAUAUGACGGACAAGUUGGCCGGACGCAUGCCACUGGCAUACACUCACUUGGUGCAGAUCCUUGUGGACACGUUCGUGUUGGUGGCUCCCUUUGCUCUUUAUGCAGAUCUGGGCGUCUACUCUGUCUUUGCCGUGGGGCUAGUGACACUGUCGUACACUGGUUUCCUCAAUCUGGCCAAGAUCUUUUUGGAUCCCUUGAACAAUGAAGAGUUUUGCGACAAUUCUAUUUUUAUGGAUUUGGCCGUCCUUAUUCGAGAAUCGAAUGGCUCCUCUACAAGAUGGAAGAACGCCGGUCUCAAGCUGCCCUUUUGA